AUGGCUACUGAACUGGUCACCAAGACUCGGCGGCUUAGGCGCCAAGCGCUGCCAUGUGUUCUCAUGCGCGCGGGGACCUCCAAAGGGAUAUUCCUACACCAAAAGGAUUUGCCAACAAAGGAGAUUGACUGGGCUCCUCACUUGGUCUCUGCUCUUGGAUCUCGAGGGAACGACCCUCGACAAAUCGAUGGUGUUGGCGGAGGGACAUCAACGACAUCGAAAGUUGCCGUCGUUCGGCGCUCACAAAGACCAGACGCCGACAUCGAGUGGACCUUUGUCCAAGUUGCUGUAGGCAAAGAGUCAGUCGAUUUUACCGGCACUUGCGGCAACAUGACUGCGGGCGUGGCACCGUUUGCCAUCCAGGAAGGCCUUAUCAAGCCUCGGCCAGAACAGACCAAGAUCGAUAUAAGGAUCUACAACACAAAUACAAAUCGAAUAGUCAUCGAGACUGUCACCGUCGACGGCUCAGGAGACUAUGAGGAGGAUGGCAACUUUAUCAUUCCUGGGGUCAAAACACCUGGGAGCGAAGUCAAGUGCAGAUUUGUCAACCCCAUGGGCAGUAUGACUGGGAAGCUUUUUCCUUCUGAGGAUCAGCAACAGCAGACACUCCGCGUGCAGCCGGGGCCGCUCAUGCCCAGCCAUGAGCCCUUCGAUGUUCGUGUAACGCUUAUCGACUCGGCGAACCCAUUUGUCCUCAUCGACACGACAUCAAUAUCAGCAACCCUUCUUGGAACGAAUCCAUCUGACUCUCAUCGGAAUGAUCUUGUAGAGUCCAUCCGCCGCGCCGGUGCAGUCGCGAUGGGCCUAGCAACAGACGUUGAAGCCGCCGGUAGGACCCGCGGUACGCCCAAAGCUGCACUCGUGUAUCCCCCAACCUUUACCCAAGUCGGCGACAGCAACAAGGGUAGGCCAGAUAUUCGCAUACAGGCCUACUCUAUGGGGUUACCACAUCCGAGCCUACAGCUGACAGGCGCCGUAACAAUAGGCGUCGCGUUAAGCUACCCUGGUACAAUCGUGGCGGAUCUCUCCGCCAUGGGUUCUAUCAUGCAUGGGGCGUUGCCGCCGACUCCCGAACAGUCGCCGCCACCUGAGGACCGGAAAGAAGCGCAUCCUGGGUGCGGGCGCGAUGUACUGAUUGAGCAUAGCCAAGGGACAAUCAAGGUGGAUGUCGCAAUGGACAAUGCUGGAGAAGUGGCUAGUUGCGCAGUAUCACGUACCGCAAGGCGGUUGUUUGAGGGAAAGGUUCGGUAUUAUGUACAGGAGGAUGAGUUGUAG